UUUUUUUGGUAUGAUCUUCUUGAUCAAUACAUAGUUUUUUUUAGAUAUGCUAUGAGGUAUCCAGACCUGGAGUGAUCAAUGACAAAAUGAAAACGGAAUCUGGUGAAGGCGUCAUCACCAAAGUUGGAGGCUUGGGGGCGAGUGAUCCUUUCUCUGCUUCAAAUUUCUGUAAUUUCACAGUCCAAAUUCGAAAUCUGGUGAAAGAUGUUGAGUCCAAUUCUUCUUUUUAUAUGAAAUUUGUUUCUUGGGAUCCCGACCCUAAGCCGAAUCGUCCAUGGAUCUGUCUCCUCCUUGUUGUGUCUCUCUCCAUUUCCGGAACCUUUGCAGAGAUCCGGUCCGAUGAUCGACCAACCAUCCCACUGGAUGAAUUCGGAUUCACUCACGCGGUUCGACUCGAGCUCAACUUCUCCUGGACCUAUCGUGAAUGGGGUUCUUCCUCUGCACAAGGGGGACGCUUGCGUUCACGUGAUUCAACAGCUAGAGGAAGGGGGAAAUAACAUGCACUCUCCAGUCGGAUCUGGAGAAACAUGUCUGCACCUUCAACAAUCUGAAAGAGGGCAAGAGCACGUUCAACACCGCGUCCAUCGAGAACGACGCCGAUCAGUACUCGUUAGUCUUCGCCAUAUGUCUUCAGCAUGGACGGCCGCCAUGUACAACCUCCAAGGCAAGAGUGGUCGUCGGAAUUGCCUCUCCGUUAAAAAAAUUGUCCUCCCGAAGACAUAUUUCCUCCUCCUCUCUCUCUCUCCCUCUCGUCUACUUCAUUCUCGCCGAAAUUUGGAUCUAUUGCGUGAGGCCGAUUGGAAACAGAACAGCACAGCGACAAAUGACAUCAACAAACAAAAAGAUCUAUUUCCAUGUGAUCCAGUCCUGGCCAUACGGCCAAUCUCACCAAUGUUAGCCACGACCUGGAUGGGCAUAACGAUCGUCAAGAUCUUCUUUUCCUUGUCCCACAAGUAUGGUUUCAGGAAGGAUCAACCCGUUCCGAUCAAGACGAUCAGAGUGAAAAGAGUGAUACCCUUUAGGGAGUUGAAUAUGUAGAACACCACAACCCAAUCAUGAGCAGUUCUAGUUGUCUUGAUAUAGGACUUAUCUUUUCCCAUUCGGAUCCCAUGAUCCUAGGCUUAGUUCGGCUCCCGUUCGAAUACGACUUGAGGUUCUCGGCCAUGGCAGUAUUACAUUGUGGUUAUCUGCUGUCUACUUCACCCGUGUCGUUGUCUAUGGAGACCAUUACCUCUUACAAGUAUCUCUGGACUAGUGUUGUUGCUGGAGAGUUGGCUCCUGUUGCUUUCUAUGUGUUUACUGGGCUAGAGGUUCACAACCCGUGUUUUGUGGUGGAUGGAGAGCAUGAAGAGGCUGCAGCAGAGGCCCUGAAACUUGCAGACGAGUUUGAAUUGUGAGCCACUGAGCCAUGGCUGGAAUCUCUGGGAUUUGGUAAAGAUGCAAACUUUCUUAAACAUGAUGAUUGAGAUUGAAACCGGAUCAUCAAAACAAGUCAUGUCUUCUCUGUUUUCUUGUUAUUCUUCUUAAAAUGGUAGUGCCUGUUUUUUUUUUUUCAUAGGAAAACUUGAUAUAGGCUCAUGUGUAUCCCUAUUGAUUGAAUAGUAUGUGUAUCACUAUAGAUUUUCUCUUGGACAUUGAAAUAUCAAAUUUGUGUUGUAUCUGAAAGAAUGCUGGAGUUUAUGGCAGGUUUGAGGUAUGAUCUCAAUUGGGAUUUGCCUAUAUAGAUAAAAAUUCAAGCAACAAUCAAUCUACAUACAUGAAACAAUCGGUUCCAUUGACGGAUAUCCGCAAGUAUACAAGGAUGUACUAAAUUUGCUGAAACGGAUACAAACAACAUUGAGUGUUGGCACAACAAUGGAGAAUACUGAUUAUGCUUUGGUAUUGGCAAAAGGGUUUAUACUUUAUAGUAGUUGAUAGAGAGAUAACACAGAGGUGGAGCAAAUUCUGCAUUAAUGGCAGAAAAGGCCAUAAAUCCAUAGCUGAAUAUAUUUGGGGGUGUGACUUAAUGGGACAUUCACUCGUGUCGUUGGCCCUUCAAGACAAUAACCCUAUCUCUCUUUCAAAGAGACAACAGAAGGGUGUUUCUAUCAUGUCAGAAUCCAACCAACACUGAAGAAAGGAAGCACCUUUUACAAUUAUGCAGAGGCAGAAGAAACCGAAGGUGCACUCAACGAUGAUGGAAGGUUAUGUGAUUGUGAUCAAUCUCUCAGCUUUGCAUAUUCUAAAGCUUCAAGCUUCAUGAUGACUUAACCCCACUUUCUUCUUUUCCUUUCCCUUUCAUAAUAUGUACCCUAUUAGAAAACCCAUCUCCCAAAAAGCAAGAACCUUUCUGCCACAAGAUAAAGCAAGAGAGCUUUAUCAUAUGAAGAGGACACAGAAGAAUCAACGAGGAUGAUGACCAGAAUCUCCAGUCCAGAUCAUCAGCACACUGUCUCCAGCUCAAAGUCUUGCGAGGAACCAAUCUGCAUAAGCUGGAGGCUUUACGAUAAUCCCCGCUACCACCACUCACUGCCUCAUCCUCAGCCUAAAACUUUGAUUUGGGAUCUUAAUUUCGCAAAGGCGUUCAUGGAAUCAGAACUGAAAGCAGCUCGAACCCAGAUCGUAGAACUGAAGGCAGAGCUGGAAUACGAGAGAAAAACGCGAAAACGGGCCGAGACAACGAACAAGAAACUGUCGAAAGAUCUCGAAAACGAGAGAAGGGGAAGGGAAGCAUUGGAGAUGGAGUAUAAUCGGCUUUUCAGAGAAUCCUCAUCCGAUAAAUCAGAUAUCCAUAGACUGAAACGAGAGAUUGAAGAGGAGAGAAAGAUGCACAGAUUGGCUGAGGUUUUGAGAGAGGAGAGAGUUCAGAUGAAGCUUGCGGAUGCGAGGCUUUUCUUAGAGGAGAAGUUAUCAGAGUUGCAGAAAACCGAAAGUUCAGAGCCUAUGAACAAAUUGCAGGAGGAGACAGCGAUAAAGCUUGGAAGGGUUUCGAGCUCAGAAAGAAGAAACUGCGACGUCAGCAAUUGGAACUUACAGAAGAGAUCGUCGCCGGAGGCAGAGAAUCCGCACAUAAGGAGAGGGAUCAUGGGAUUUGUGGAGUUUCUGAAGGUUAUCAUGAGAGCUAUAAGAUCGAAAAGUGGACAUUGGGGUUCGAAGAUUAAGUGCCAGAGAGCUCAGCUCAAGAUUCUGCUCAGACAAAACACAGCCCCAAGAUCUAACAGCUUUGUCUCAGGUUAAAAGCCCUUUCAGAUUGAUUGUGUUCUGUUUUUCUGCCUGUCUCUCUCAAUGUGUUCCAUUGAUUUUGUUCUUCUCGUAAUAUCAUAAAUCUGAUUU